CUGUGAUAGGUCAAGAGGCGGGGCUGAGGAAAUAGCCAGGAAGUGUGCAGCGUGAGACUGCACUCUGACAUGAGCCGGAGCUGUCGACGUUAAACAAGAGUUGAGUUAUUUCUUAUCAGUGAUACCCUCGCACUCAAAGAUGGUGGACUCUCAGUACUUCCUACCAAAUGACAUCGGCAUCUCUGCUCUCGACUGUGCCGAGGCUUUUCGCUUGCUCUCCCCGCAAGAGAAGAUGUAUGCCCACUACCUGUCACGCGCUUCUUGGUAUGGAGGCCUUGCUGUGCUCCUGCAAACAUCCCCGGAGUCGCCUGUCAUCUUCGUCCUUCUGCAGAGGAUCUUCCGAAAGCAGUCACCUGCGCAGCUGCAAGCUGUAGCAACAGCGGCUGGACUGACCUCAGAGGAGUACCAAGCCUUCUUGGUGUAUGCAGCAGGUCUCUACGCCAACAUGGGAAACUACAAGUCUUUUGGAGAUUCCAAGUUUGUCCCUAAUUUGCCAAAGGAAAAGAUGGACGCUCUAGUGAGGGCCAGCAAGGCUUUUCGUGAUGACCCUGCUGAGAUUGGUGCUCUGUGGGACAGUUGCUCAUGUCUCAUCUACUCCCUGAAGGACAAACAGAAACAACUGGGCCUUGGCGACAAGGGAAUUACCACCUACUUCUCCGGGAACUGCAGUUUGGAAGAUGCUGAGCUGGCCCAGAAGUUCCUUGACUCCAAGAAACUGUCUGCUUACAACACCCGGCUGUUCAAAAGUCAAAAUGGCGAGAAAACCUGCUACGAGGUUCGCUUGGCCUCCGCUGUGAAAAAAGACUGCACGGUGGAUGGAGAGUGUGAGUCCUGCUGCGGGUGCUUUGACUUUGAGGGCAAAGAGUUCUCAGUGAAAAGGGGGGACUACGCCCCACUUAUGGAGAGGGUCUGUUAUUAUCUUCAGAAGGCUCAGGACCACGCCGCCAACGAGAACCAGAAGAAGAUGCUCGAGCAGUACAGGCAGAGCUUCACCUUGGGCUCGGUGGAAGCCCACAAGGAAGGCUCGCGCUACUGGAUUAAAGACAAGGGACCGAUUGUGGAGAGCUACAUCGGCUUUAUCGAAAGCUACAGGGACCCCUUUGGCUCACGAGGAGAGUUUGAAGGUUUCGUGGCGGUCGUGAACAAGGCUAUGAGCGAGCGCUUCGCCAAACUCGUAGGCUCGGCCGAAGUGCUGCUCCCUGAGCUUCCCUGGCCGAAGGAAUUUGAGAAAGACACUUUCCUCAAACCGGACUUCACUUCCCUCGACGUCCUCACCUUUGCUGGCAGCGGCAUUCCAGCUGGCAUCAACAUUCCCAACUAUGAUGACAUCAGGCAGUCUGAGGGCUUUAAAAACGUUUCCCUUGGAAAUGUUCUGGCCGUGGCUUACUCUACAGAUAAAGAGAAAUUAACAUUCUUGGAGGAAGACGACAAGGAUUUGUUUGUCAAGUGGAAGAGUCCAUCGUUUGAGGUGCAAGUCGGCCUUCAUGAAUUGUUGGGCCACGGAAGUGGCAAGUUGUUUGUCCAGGACAACAAGGGCAAGUUCAACUUUGACCAAAACAAAGUGAUCAACCCAGAAACGGGCAAACCGGUUUCUAGUUGGUACCAGGACAGCGAGACAUGGGACAGUAAAUUCUCAACCCUUGCCUCCUCUUAUGAAGAAUGCAGAGCAGAGUGUGUGGGACUCUACCUGUCGCUCAUUAAGGACGUGCUUAGUAUUUUCGGGCAUGAGGGCCAGGACGCUGACGACGUGGUCUAUGUGAACUGGCUGAGCAUGGUGCGAGGCGGACUGCUGGGCCUGGAGUUCUACACGCCUGAGAGCAAGAGCUGGAGACAAGCUCACAUGCAGGCACGUUUUGUGAUCCUGCGCGUGUUGCUUGAGGCCGGUAAGGGUCUGGUGGGCCUGAAGGAGGUCACCGGGGCCGACGGCAAACCAGACGCUCGCAUCACACUAGACCGAAGCAAGAUCCGCACCGUCGGCAAGGACGCCAUCCAUAAGUUCCUUUGUAAACUGCAGGUCUUCAAGUCGACAGCUGAUGUGGACAAAGGGCGAGCCCUCUAUGAGGGCUACUCCACCGUGAGCGAGAGCGGCGCCCACAACUUCCUGCGCCUUCGUGAAACGGCGUUGCUGCGGAAGGAGGAUCGCAAGAUGUUUGUCCAAGCCAACACCAGAAUCAGUGAGGAGAGUGUCGAGCUGGUCCAGUUUGAAGGCAGUGCAUCAGGCUUGAUCCAAUCCUUCAUUGAGCGCUUUGACGACAACGACAAACUUGACGCUGACCUCUUGGCAUUGAGCAAAAUGGAUUCUUCCUGUUGGUGUUGAUAUGGAGGAUGAGGUUUCUCAGUUUUGGGGCUUCUUCAAGUCUUCAUUCACCAAAUCGUAGAGUCACAAAAUUAGAACAGAGCUACUGUAAACUGAACCUCAGCAUUGGUCCUGAGUUUUCAAAUUGCUGACACAUCCUGUAUGUACUUACUGGCAUACAACAAAACUUGAAAUAAUGACAGUCCAAAACAUGUUGACCUAGCUUUAAUUUUCCAUGUUUAGACUAUUAAAAUACUGCCAUAGCUUGUUAAUUUUGGACAAAUGUCAAAACAAUGAAAUGCAUUUUUUCAGAAAAUAUGAUCUGCAAAAAUAAAACAUUUGAUAAAACUUA